GACAGCGGCACUCCUGCCGGCGAAUAGCGGCGUGUUGGUUGAGGUGUCUUUUAUGUUGUGUUUGCCCCUCCUUCGGCACGUUGACUUUGACGGCUGCGUGCUCCGGGCUGUUGUGUUUGAUCGGUUUGAUCGCCAUGAGUGCUCCGGGGCCAAAAAACUUUCGGCGCUCUUACACGGCAACGUUCAAGAGGGCUGCCAUCCUCCGUGCCGAAGAAACUAAUAACUGUGCGGCGGGACGCAAGUUUGGAGUUUCGGAACGGAUAGUGCGGCAGUGGCGAUUGCAGCGUAAUGAAAUUUUCGCGUGUGACACCAAGCGGCGAGGUUUCCGUGGGCCAAAGUCGGGACGCUUUCCGGAGCUGGAGACGAAGCUCGCCGCAUACGUGACCGAACUACGCGAGCGUAGUGUGAUGGUAACGGGCGAAAUGGUCAUGCGGCGAGCACGUGUCCUUGCUUCGCAAGCGGGGAUAGCGAAGGCGCACUUCAAAGCCAGCAGGGCCUGGGCAUCGAGGUUCUUGAAGAGGGCUGGCUUGGCGACGACACAAGUCUCGGAGAGUGUUGAUAUCAAGGUGGAACCACGCAGCCCUCCAAACACACUGGAUCUUGUCAUGGAGGCCAUUAACAUCAAGGUGGAGCCAAGUAGCCCUACGACCAUGCUUGCGCCUGAUUUGGACCUUGGUGCCGUCGAGGAGGAGGUCACGAUGGCAGUCAGCAUUUCACCUGCACCGUCUCCUGUCAUGGAGAGUGUUCACAUCAAGGCGGAACCAAGUAGCCCUGAGGCCAUCCUUCCUCUCGUCAUGGAGUGUGUUGAGAUCAAGGCAGAACCAAGUAGCCCUACAGCCAUGCUUCCUUCUGAACAUCUCUGCAUGGAUGACAAUGGCCAGCAGCCCAUCUUCCAUGCAUCAUCUUCGUGACCUCACAGUGAAGCAACACUAAGACUACCAAAGACAAAACGACCAGAAGGUAGUCUCACAGGAAUCUCUGGCGGAACUUGCAUGGCUCCAGUGACACUGUGCAGCAACAGCAUCGACAUCAACGCAUCCAAUGAGUGCCCUGUGUGCAGAGGUUGUUUCAGACAUUUAGUUGAAAAACUGCAUUUGUGCUCUGUCUUCAAGUGGGUGCUCAUAAAGAAGCACUCGCCCACGAUCCAUUAGCUUGUGCGCUCUUACGAAAGAAUGGUUCAACCCUGAUCAACCUGUGGAGGCACAUUAUGCAGAAGGCAACAAAGUGUGAAGGCUGGAAAGAAGACAACAAAGUGUGAAAGAGAAAAAUUCCAGUCGUGGACAGUAUUCAAAUUAUCUCCUGUAAAUAAUGUGAAUACACUUGUGUCUCAUUCUCUGCCAUGACUUUUUCUUCUUCGAACUGGUGCUGAAAUCCACUGGAGUACUCGGGGCACUAUUUGCGAGCACCCGAAUUUUUUAGCAGGAAGACAGCGUGUGGGAAGGCAGCAGAAGCUAUCGCCAAAAGCCUAGUAGAAUAGCCUGACCAAACAUCUGUACCAUCCCUUCACUAAGACGCCUAAUCGGCUAUUAUUUGAGAAGAUGAGAGAGGUCAUAGUCUGCUGUUGAAACACUAAAUGAAUCGCUUCAAAGAAAUGUGAACUGCGUGAUGCCAAAUAAAUAUCUGCCUUAUCAAUGAAGCAAGAUCCGCAAAAGAAAGUGCUGACAGGGUGAAGGUGUCAUCCUUGCCUAUGUUGUUUUUCGAUAACAUUCUCUUGCUUUCGUAUUAGAGCCAUAACC